AAAUCACUUGGAGUGUUAUAAUAUAUGAUUUAUAUGGGGAUGAAUGUAAUUUAUGAUGAAAAUUAAAGCUAUAGGACAUUUAAUAGGACAAACAAUAACACAUAUAAACAUGUACUUAUAUGAACCUGUCACACAUGUAUUUUCAUCUAUGUUAAUCAUUUCAUGCAUUAAUAAGAAAUUUAGAACCUCAAUUUUACUUCCUUGAAACUUUAUUAACUUCCUUGAUAUUUGUUUAAUACCGAUUAUUCUAUUCAUGAUCAGGAAAUUUAAUGAUAUUUUACUUUACACCAAUGUUGCGUCCGAGAUGCUGAUUUAUUGUAUUUGUAUGUAUCAAUAGAUAAACAUUUGUCGCAGAGAUGAACAAUUACAUUGAACUUUGAUGUCUUCAAUCACCUUUUAUAAAAAUAUUUUAUUUGAAAUGAUUGUGACGCAAGUAAGUAAAUAACCAUUUUGGGUGUAUUUUUAUGUAUCAAUGCUCUAUUGGGUUUAUUUAUGUAACAAAUUAUUAUCAAAUUUUGUUUUAUUAUUAAUGACUUUUUAAAAUGACUUGCCAAGUUUUAUCAACAUAUUGUUUAAAUUCGUCGGUUUUGAAGAUUCUUAUAUCAAAACAACUAUUUAACAUGAUUAUUACCAUGAUGACGUUUAAUGUAUUCUUUUGCAUAAUUUUUGUUAUAUAAAGUUUACAAUUAUGUUCAGAUGCGUACGUUUUCUUACUACUUUGACAAUGGCAGGUCGUACAAAACAUAAUGUGGCGAGCACUGUUACUUGUUUUGGGAGCUAACUGUAUUGUAUCAGAAAACCCAAUUAUUUUGCCAGCUUUCAAUGAUGUAUUAGUAAACAGCAGUUUGGAAUUGGCAUGUUAUACUAACAAGAACGUAAAAAGUACACAAUGGGGAAGUUUAAAUCACCUGGACACAUUUUCGCACCUGUAUUUUUCGGACAAUGGAAGCUGUAUAACAGAUGGGUUCCUAGGUGACAAUCAAUAUUUUGAAACGAGUUGCUAUAGUAACGGCACCUUCAAAAUAAACAUAAAACGUGUGAAUUUAAGUAACCAUGGUCAAGAAUGGUAUUGUUACGCCGAUAAUAGAAAGAGUAAUAUUUCUUAUAUUACUGUUCGAGUUCCUGCCACGGAAGUUAUCUUUGACUUUCAUUCAAAUAAUAGCAUUUACAUCAAUGAAAAUAAAAUCCAAACUGUUAGUUGCAAAACCUCAGCGUGUUUACCAAAACCAUUAGUUAAAUGGUACUUACGGAAUCCCAUCAACAAUAUAACCUACGAUAUAACAAACCAAUCGACAGAAUUAUAUAUUCCAAAAGAAAACUGGCUGACAAUAGCUGAAAGUAUUCUUCGGAUUCUUCCUAACAGAACACAAGACCGCUGGCAUCUAUAUUGCGCAGUAUGGACACAGCCGAAAGAAGCAGACAAGUCAAGCAAGGAAUUUGUACUGAACGUAGCAUAUCCGCCUGAUGGUCCCCCAAUAAUAGCUAGCUACAGCAACGGCUCUACAAUACAGGUUGCCGAGUCAGGAGCGCUUAAAUUGAACUGUUCUGUUACUGGUGGAAAACCAUUAGCAACCUUAAGAAUGACAUGUUUAAAUAGUAAUUCAACACCAACUGUUACCAAAGAAACGGCGGUGACAGUGUACAUUACCCGGCAAGAGAGUCGCAAUCACAGUCAAUGCAUAUGCGAGUCUGAUCAUAUCAUUAGUGGUAAACAAACAUCGUAUGUUACGUUUGAUGUGCUGUUUCAACCGCGUGAAGUUCGUUUCAACUUUGGAACGGAGGCAGGAGGAAAGUUGACUGUAAGCCAAAAUGAAGAGGUGACUUUUCAAUGCUUCGCGGAGUCUAAUCCUCAUCCAGACAUUGCAAUUGGAAAUCAAAGAGAUAAAGAAAUCAUAAUGAUGAAAAAUACAAAUUCUGUUCAACACAUUAUUCAUAGUGUAUCUUGUGCUGAUGCAGGAGAGUAUGUAUGCUCUGCUAGAAAUAUGUUAACAAAUGGAGAAGGAGCACAAUCAAAACUCGUCCUGAUCGUGAGAUGUCCUCCAUGUCCGUCACCUGAUACAUUAAAAGAGACAAAUAUAACUGCUCUGCUGCAUUGUGACGUCACGUUGAAAUUUUUCGCUCAAGACUUUUUUGACGAGCAAAACAAAACAGAAUUCGCAUGGUAUAAACAGAUCUCGAACGUGUCAUUACAAAAUGACAAGAAGUAUAUUAUAUCAUCUAAUGGGUUACAGUCUAACUUGAUCAUCAGAAACAUUACUUACUCAGAUUAUGGACAGUACCGUGUUUCUGUCAGGAAUUCAUAUGGAAAUUGUUCACACUAUUAUGAAUUACUGGAAAAUGCUCCUCAGCAGUCAACUGAGCCUUUUACAGCCUCGACACUAUUUAGGGUCGCAGUUGGUAUAUCUAGUUUCACACUUUUAGUGAUUAUAAUGGAAUUAUUCUUUUGGAUAAAUAUCAGACGUAAGCAGACUUCGUAGACAAAAGACAGAAAGACAGCUGGUAUGCAGUUUAAUCUGCUAUUCUAUUAUUAGACACAAUGAAACAAAAUAAUAUAAACAUUAAGAAAUAUUAUAAAAAGCUAGCUUAGUAAUGAUAAAAAGUUAAUAAAAUAAGAACGAUACUUUUGCCAUUAACAGAAUAUCCUAUCUUAAAUAAACAUGCUAAAGCCUUUUAAGCAUGCCCUGACAUGAUCACUCUAUCAGAGUUUAAUCUUACAUUUAAGCUUUAUCAAGUGUAUAGUAAGGAAAAGUAAGUGUUAUUAUUCAAAAUGUAUUCACGUUUGAUUACUUUACAAGUCAUAGCGGGACGUGAUAUUUGAAUGCUGCAGUACAGUGAAUCUAUUAAGAUUUCAAUGCUUUUUCAAUUGUUCUUAAACUGUUUUGUUCUAGAGGUUAUCACUGAAUAUCAGGCUACUACUGGGAAUAAUGACAAUGAUGCAGAAAAUGUUUAUGAACAAAUUGAUAAGCAAUGUACUGCAAGAGGGGCAUACAUUGAGAUGCAAGGAAUCAAAACGGAUAAGGAUACAAUCUGUGAAUAUAUAGAUAUGACAAUACAAAACAUAUCCUAUAACAAAAAUAUGGAUACUAACCAAUUCGUUUUGUACAAAAUUUAGUUGAUUUGUUUCACGUUUAGUUCAUAUUUAUAUAUUUUCACAUAAACAUUUAAAUCUGUAAAUUUUCACAAAGCAUAUGGUACCUGUUGUACAUAAUAUUUUAAGAUAAUUCCAACUAAUGAUAUGUUCAGGUUAUACAGUUAACUAAAACCCUCCUGUUUGCAUUCUCUUAUGAACUAUUGUUUAUUUUGAACUGUAAAUAACUUAAUUAUAAGGUUGAAUAUAGCUUAUCGUUAUAAUUAUUUUUAUUAGUGGAUUUUAAUUCAUGGUUUACGUAGACAAUAAACACUUUUCUACUGGUCGCUUAUAACUUUAGCGGUAAACAUUUUUGUCUAUUUCACCUCUAAAGUUUUAGUUUAUUCUGUAUUUGGUUGGCAAGUAGUUCACAUGUUAAGAUUCUAUUUUGACCUCCUAUCCCUCCCUAUUUUGUGUGUUAUAAGUAAUCUAAUUGUACAAUAAUGUAUUCAUAAAGGUUAUUUUACCUCAAUGUUUGAAUAUUUGCUUGAUGAUGAAUAUUACUACUGUAAUGUUUUUUGUGCUAGUAUAUGGAUAGACAAAACUAUUUUGAUUCUGUUUGUUGAUGAUAUAAAUUGUCAUAUUUGUAUUUGAUAAAAGAAUGUGUUUAUAAUAUGAAUAUGAUGUAUGUAAUCUCAAAUUUACCUAAAUUAUAUUCUAUCAAGAUCUAAAUUUCUAUUGUCUUCUCAUUCAAAUGAAAACGCAUAAUUCACAUUUGUGAAUCACAUGGACCCUCUUGGAUAACAAUUCAGAAAAAUACAAAAGAAUGACAUAGCUUACUAGUCAUUAUUCUAUUCUUUCCCAGUUUCCAAAAUGUCUCUCCAAAUGCAUUUUCUUCUCUAUCAAUAUUUGACAAUAUAUGCUAUUUUACCAAGUAUAUCUAAUAACGCAGACAUGUGCGAGUUCGACUUUCGGAAGAUGCAGGUUACAGUUGUUGUGAUUGAUCAUUGAAUCAUUUUUACGCUCUUUUGCGCUGAACCUCUGCUCUGGCAUGUUAGGAAGUUAUCAGUUCUUUGCAAAAGUGAAAGCUACUUGUACAGGUAAUGCCCAAGAACGAUGCCGUGGCAUAACUGUGCUACAAUCUACAAACAUCACCAAACAGUACAGCAUCAAUCUAUCAUCACUGGCACCUGUAAUACGGUGUGUAAUACAAGGGAUGAAAUCUUGAAUAAUACCAUUCUAUAGGAAAUAGAACACCAGCAUAAACUUCAUAUUGCAAUGACAUGAAAUUAAUUUUAAAUUGUAAAUAAAAAAAUCAAAUAAUUGAAGACUCAGAUAUAAGUCUUGUUAUUUUCUUUGACGUUUUUUACAAAAGUAUUGUCAACAACUUUAAUGUAUCGGUACAUUCAAAAAGAGUGUGGCACCCUUUUAUAAUUAGAGUAGUUUUUAUACUUUAUCCUACACAUUUUUUAUUAAUAUUUAUUGGUCAAUCUUCAUCAUAUUAGCGAAUCUCUUGAUAUAUAUGUAAAUCUCAUUCGGCCCAACUUGACAGCGAAAAAAUGAGCGCAUAAAGUCACCAUAAUUAUAAUACAUUAAAUUUAUUAUAAUAUAUAGUAAAUCUGGAUUGUUAGCUUGAUAUAGAUUGAGGUAUGUUGUCCGCAAUUCAUCUGCACCUAGACCACAGCGCCAAAUUUAUUGAAAUUUGUCUGAUGACAUUGAAAUGAGGUCGUUUAAUUGGAUUUUGUCUGUAUUUUGGUUCAAAAGAUAAAUGAUUUGACAUUUGCUCUUCAAAAUCACAAGGUUUUAAGCAAAUAUGUGUAUUGUGUGUAAAUCAGAUCUUCAAAUUAUAUUUCUGCUUGACUUUAUUAAUAAAAUGUAGGUGAAAACUUUAGUUGCGUUUAAAAAUGGAACGUUGAAGAGUGCCUAAAAUGGCGAAAUUAAAAGUGGUGAAGGCUUUGUUUGAUCUAGUCAGGUUAUGGACUUUUGCUCCCUAGCACCGCUUUAAGCAGAAUUACUAUUUUAACAUGUAAAUAGUGAAAUUAUGAAUUAAGAAACAUCCACGUAUGUAGGAAGAGCUUAAUCUAAUGUUGUGACAAUAUUUCGCCCAACCGAUUUGAAUUUUGAUAUAGAAUUAUUAUUUGUAUAAUAUGUUUAUAUUUAUGGCAAAAAAAUAUGUUCAAACUAAAAAAGUCCAGGUUUGUUUUCAUGCAGCAGUUCUCGCUGUUGAAAUACUUGUAUAUACAUUGCUUUUGUGUUUGUUUGUUUUCUUAUAUACAAAAAUUACCAAACAUGAAACGAUUAUUUCAAAACAGUUAAAUAAAUGUUACUGAAAUGAGAUGUUCUGCUUCCAAGUUUCUAUAAUUUCUAUAUUGGACCAGUAAGCAACUAAUGGCCAGAACAAGGAGAGCAGGACAGCUAUGAUCUCUGUAUGCCCCAUUAGUUAAAACAUUUUGUUUUCAAAUUUGCUGCCUUUUAUAACAAGGUAAAAUACUGUUUGACUGAACAGUUAAAGUUAUAAAAAUAAUCGUCUUAAGGCCUCAACAGACGGUAGAAUUUAGAUCAAAGAAAUAUCAAAGAAAGAUAAUAUGUACAAUUUCCAUAACAAUACAGCACAUGUACGUGCAUUCAGACCGUUAUCCUAUAUUUUAUGAAUCUCCACAAAGAUCCCUUGCAGAAUUUAGACAAAAUUAUAACUGGAAUAUCUGUAAUUGUUUUAAUUGUUGGUAUUGACCAAUUAAGGAUAUUUUUGAAGAGGUAGAAAAUUGAUUUGGCUUACGAUAUCAAGGAAGGAGCAUUUACAAAAAUUAUCAUGUACUACUGAAUUAUAAUGAAAUAACAAAGUCUGUUCAGGUCUUACGGUGUGAAGAAUUGUUUUUAUAUUAAUUUGAAAAAAAUCACAGCAAGGAAUUGCCCCCAUUUUAAUUUAAAACUUCUUAGUCUGUGUAUUUGGGAUUCGAACAUCCAACCAAUCCGGCUACUCAACUCUUUUUCCAACAGUCUCUUUUCUACACCUUCAGAUUUUAUUUACAAUUUAUCCCUAAUAGUUUGAAGUUCCAUUCAUUAAACGUACAGGUAAUAAUAUAAUUUGGUAGUCUUUUACAUGUCAUCGUUCGUGGUAUGUAUAACAGGAAUUUCAUUAUGACAUAACAUUACAUGUUCAAUCCUGUGAAUCAAGUAAUUCAAGAAAUAGUGGCUAUCAGACAUUGCAGUUUGCUUGUAUGUAGUAUGUUUGUUUUGUACUACCGUCUGUUGAGGCCUUAACGGGUUUACUUGAGUACGCUAUGUUAUAAAUAUCUGAGCACUUGUUCAUUCUUUAAUAUACAAAUAUGUACUGUAUUCAUAUAAGUAAAUCAUUUCAAACAUUAAUGAGAACAUCGGAAGACCAAUUUAACUUCCUUGAAACAACUUCCUUGACAUUUGUAACACAACUAUUGUCCUAUUAAUAAUUAGGAAAUUAAAUAAAUUUUGAACUUUACAGAUAAUGUUGCGUACGUGACUCUGAUUGAUUGUAUUUGUAUGUAUCAAUAGAUCAAUAUUUGUCGCAGAGAUGAACAAUAAUAGUAAAUCGUGCUGUCUUUAAUCACGUUAUUUAAAAUAUUUUGAAGGAAUCGAUUGUGACACAAGUGAGUAAAUAAAUAUUUGUAGUAUAUUCGUAUGUAUCAUUGUCCGGUUUUGUUUAUGAACGUAACAAAUUACUAUUAAAGUUCUGUUUUAUAAUAAAAGACUUUCGUAAAAGACUUUCCGAGUUUUAUCUACAUAUUGUUUUAAAUUAGUCUGUUUUGCAGCUACUUAUAUUAUUAAACCAUUAUUGUGAAAUAUAUAAUACCAUGGUGACGUAUUAUUGUCGUUAUAUAUUAAGAUUCAUACAUUUUCUUACUGUUUUGACAAUGCCAGGUUGUAUAUUAUGAUGUUGCGAGCAUUAUUACUUGUUUUGGCCACUAACUGUAAUUUAUUUACUUUUAAGACUUGUGACAUUACACUUACGAAAGACAUUAUUGAAUUAGAUCGUAAAAGUUUGAAACAAAACUUAUGAUAACAAUUUGAAUUUUAGAUAGUUAUUACAUUAUUUUAUUAUCUCUUUGUUGCAUGCCUUUUUAGAAAUAAAUUAAAUUACAUUUUUAUAAAUAAUUGUUCUUUGUUCUUUC